GCCCCUGGAAACCGAACAGCCAGCAGCUCCCCGCGGGAGGGUCUACGGCGCUGACCCGAAGGGAGGGAGAUGGACGACCACCCUGGGGACCCCGAGACGGAAGAUGGAGAGGUGGAGAGUCUGGCCUCGCGUCUGUCCGGGGUCAAGGCCAGCUCCGUCCCCCACUCCCCGGUGGAACCCGCGAAGCCGGAGCCAGAGACGAAGACCGUAGAGGCUUCGGAGGAAGGCGCCGCCGCGCCGAAGCCGGCCAAAUCCAAGGAAGGGCUGGCGGUCACCGAAGCUGCUGACGAGGAGGGGCCCGGAGAGCUUGAGAGCCCGGCCGAGGCCCAGGAGGAAGCCGAGCCAGGGGAGCCUCGGGAGGCCGGGCCUGGGGAGCCAGCCGAGCCGGAGCCCGAGGAACCCGAGGAGGACGGGGAGGAGGAGGAGGGCGAAGAGGAGGCGGCGGCGGCGGCGGUGGCGGAGCCCGGGAGGAAGGGAGUCCCGUCGCAGGUCGCUCUGCAGCAGGCCACGGCCGGCAAGGAAGAGGCCGCGGCAGCCCAGGGCACUGCGCGGGAAGACCAGGUAGAGGAGGACGAAGAGAGCGAGGCGAGCGAGGAGGGGUUGGAGUCCCGGGUCCCCCGGAAAGACGAGGACGAGCUGAGAAACCUGGACGAGGGGCUCGCUGUCGAGCCUCACGACUGGAGCGAGGAGGAGCAGAAGCAGCAGGAGCAACAGCUGCGCGCCGAGCUCCUGGAGCAGUACCGCGCCCUGGUGGUGGAGCGCGGCCGCUACCAACGCUACAACAACUACCUGCAGCACAGGAUCUUCGAGGCGCUGCGCAAGAAAAAGGGUGUGGAGGCCGCCGCCGAGGCGCCCGGAGGCGACAGGGGCGCGGAGCCCGAGGCCCCCGAGAAAGAGCAGGCCUACCUCCGCCAUCUGGCCGUCCUGGAGGACCUGCGGAAGCAGGAGGCCGACGACCUCCGCUGGUAUCACCACGAGCUGAACCAGCUGAAGCUGCAGUGCCAAGAGAAGGUCUCCCGGGUGGACAAGGAGUGGCGGCGCUUCCAGGCGCUCAAGAAGCAGGUGGUGAUGCAGGCCAUGGGCAGCUGCCGGAUGAGGGGCGGCCGCCAGGUCGCUCUGCGAGAGGUGGAGCAGAUCCAGGCUCUGGAGGAUAAGAAGGAGAAGGAGAUGAGCGCCGUGAGGCUAGAGAACGUGCAGCUGAAGCAGAGCCUGGUGCAUUUUGAAACCAGGAUGAGGACCCAGGAGGACCUGACUGAGGGCCUGCUCCUGAUAGACUUUGAACAGCUCAAGAUCGAGAACCAGACCUUCAAUGAAAAGGUCGAGGAGCGGGACGAGGAGCUCCUGAAACUGCGCCACAAGGUGACCAACAACGUGCAGAUAAUAACUCACGUGAAGGAAAAGUUACACUUUGUGGACAUAGAAAACAUGUGUAAAAAGGCAGAGCUCAUGGAGAUUGAGGCUCAGGUGGCCCAGAAGAGGGACAUCUUGACCAAGACUAAGCAAGCCCGAGAUGGCCUGCGGCUUGACAACAUCAGGCUGAAUCAGAAGUGUGGGCUUCUAGGCAAGGAAUCCCUCCUCCGGGACAUGGAAGAGAAGGUGGACAGGACAGAGGUGCUCAACCAGCGCCUGGCGAGCCUGAAGCACCACCACGCCGGGCUUGUUCUGUCCUGCAGAGGCGUGAAGCAGAAGAUCAGGGAGGCCAAGGCCUUUCUGCCCUCCUGACUCAACUGAUGGGCAACUUCAGUCUCAGCUCACUCCAUCCUUCACUAACUGCUGUUCUCUCUUUGUCGCCACUCUCAAAAAGGCCCCUGAUGACUAGGAUGAAGUUGUGUUUUAUAUUCUUAAUUGAUCAGCUUCCAAAUUAAUGCUGAGCACAGAAUUGAGUUAAAUAUAGAGAAAAUAGUAAAACAGGUGCAGGGAAACAAACAGGGAUGGCUUAAUGUACCCGACUUCUCAUAAAAAGCUGUCACAGACCUUUUUCUCUCUGAGAAAUUCCAUAAUUUCAGUGUCCUGACACUGAGGAGAACUGAUCCUCCUCUAUGUUCAAGAGUGUUCAACAAACGGGCAGAGUGCCCAACAAAUUCCUGUGCACCAAGCACAUGAGUAAAUCCUCUUUGAAUGGAUUGAACUGUGUGGUCCUGAAUCGCUUGUUUCAGUUCAAACCUCACUAAUUCCCUUAAAACUGUUUUGCAUGUAAACAGCGCUAGCUUCUGGGGUAAUCAACACCCAGGAAAAGAGGGAUGAGAAACAGGGAGAAGAGCCUUGUCCAAUGAAAGGAGGCUCAGUCAGUCUAACUGUGAAUGUCUGUUUCUGGCUCAAGGACAGUCUUCAAUGCUAGUGACACAUUUUCUUGGGCCCACUAAAGAAAUGCAUUGAUCUGUACCAAAAAUGAAAUUUUGUUUUCCAGUGAAGACAAAAUGGUGACUGUAUUGUUUGGCAGGUGCAAAAUAUACAGAGUGGUGUGACUGCUGAGUGUCCACAAGCCUUUCCUUUUCACCAAGAUAUUUUCAGAUCUUAGACCAUCACUAAGCACAUGAUUUUUUACUGUGUCAAAUAUUAACAUGAAGAAACCCCUGACAGGUCUAUCCCCUUAACCUGAAAUCAGCGAUGGCUGUUUUAAGGUCUCUUUGAUGCUUUGGGAGUCAGGGGCUUUAUUUCUUCAUAGUCUUAGCUUGAAUUUUGAGAUGUGUGCAGAUUUGGGAUUAAGAGUAUUCUUCCACCCCUAAAUUUAAGAAGGAUCAUAAGAAGGGUGAUCUCUUCUUCGGUGCUAAAUACCUUUAGAAAACCCCACUGUAGGCAGAUGGCUCGGUUGUGAGACUAUCACGAUAACUUUUGUCUUUUGAUGACAUUUUGUUUUUUAAAGCCAAUAAAGACUGAUUAAAAUUCCCUAA